AUGUCUGCUUCGUUCCGCCGACUCUCAAACAGGCUAAUUGGCACUGUCCCCAGUGCUCCAUUACGGCGACAGGUUCUUACCAGAGGGAUUCGAGCGACGGCUGCGAACAAUGCCGCUUCGAACUUGAACAUGCCUGCGCUGAGUCCGACCAUGACUGAGGGCACCAUUGGUAGCUGGAAGGUUAAGGAAGGUGAUGAGUUUUCUGCGGGAGAUGUCCUGUUGGAGAUUGAGACCGAUAAGGCCCAGAUGGAUGUCGAGGCCCAGGAAGACGGUAUCAUGGCUAAGAUAAUGAUCAAUGCCGGAGCCAAAGCUGUUCAGGUCGGCACCCGUAUUGCCGUCAUCGCAGAGCAGGGUGAUGAUAUAUCCGCCCUUGAGCUCCCGGCCGAGGACAACGCCGGCCCUGGACCCAAAUCAGUCGACAAGAAAUCCGCAAAGAAAGACACCACCUCACCACCGCCGGAAGACAGGCCGGCUAAGGUAGAGUCUUCAGCUUCCUCUACGCCCGACACAGCUCAGAACCACGCCACUCCCGUGACCCCCACCACACCAUCUCCAUCAGUUGCGCACCUGCUCCGCACGCAUGGAGUCUCGAAGGAGGAUGCUUCGCGAAUUGCGGGGACUGGGCCAAAGGGAAGGUUGUUGAAGGGAGAUGUUCUGGCGUUCCUCGGAACAAUUGAGAAGGGCUGGCCGAAGGAGCUGGGGAGCAGGAUUGCGAAGGGCGGGAAGUUGGACUUGAGCAAUAUCAAGAUUGCACCGCCGAAGAAGAAGGAACCUGCCCCCAAGAAGGCUGUGGAGGAGAAGAAGGUCGAGGUUCCUCGGGAUAGUGAAUUGAUGUUGGAGGUUUCAUUCAGCGAGGUUUUGAAGGUGCAGAGCAAGCUUCAAGCAACCCUCGGCGUCCACCUCCCUCUUUCAUCAUUCAUCACCAAAGCUACCGAGAAAGCCAACCAGAACCUCCCCGCCUCGCCUCUUCCCCCCACUGCCGCCGAGCUCUUCGAUGAGAUUCUCGGUUUUCCGUCUUCUCGCACCCCCAAGGCCUCCCGCGGGACUUUCACUCCCCAGAUCACCGCACUCCCAUCAGCCACAUUCGUUGACUCUGCACCAUCAGCAGAGCUUGAUAUAAUCGAUAUCCUCGCCGGAACUACCGCACCUACCCCAGCCAAGAAAGUCCUCCCACCGCACUCCGGAAUCGCUGCGACAGAGCCAAACGUCUUCAGCCUGGUUGUACCAAGGAUAGAGGAGGCGCGAGCAAAGGUGUUCUUGGAGAAGGUUAAGGGGUACUUGGAGAAGGAUCCUGGAAGCCUGGUACUGUAG